GCUCCAGGUAAACCCGCACACACUCAGAAUCCAGAGUGAGUCCAGCAGCCCCAGUGGAGCUCUGCUGGAUUUCAGGACCAGAGAGGAAUGGAGGAGGACAACCAGAACCAGGAGCAGAGGAGCAACGAGGUCCCCAGAAGACAAGAAGCAGACUGGGACUCUGAUAGCAGCCAUGUUCAGGAGCCCUCAGCAGACGUCGAGCUGGCGACCGGAGCAGGAAAGAAGGGCAAGAAUGCCGAGGAGGAGGAGCAGCCUGCAGCAGUGAAGGAGAAGGAAGAGGAGGAGUAUGUGGUGGAGAAGGUUUUGGACCGCAGAGUGGUGAAGGGAAGAGUAGAGUUUCUGCUGAAAUGGAAGGGGUUCUCAGAUGAGGAGAACACAUGGGAGCCUCAAGACAACCUGGACUGCCCCGAGCUUAUCACCGAGUACAUGCAGAAACACAAGGAGAAGGAGGAGAAAAAGAAGGAGGGAAAGAGGAAAGUUGUCCAUGAGGCCUCGGGAGACUCAGAGGAGCGAGGGAGCAAGAGGAAGGACGAGAAACGGAGAGGAGGAGAGGGACCCAAACGUCACAAUUGUCAGCACUGUGACAAAUCCUUCACAUCAACACAAUAUUUCAAGAUUCAUCAGAGAGUUCACACUGGAGAGAAGCCAUACAGCUGUGAUCAAUGUGGGGCAGCUUUCACGCAACAGAGUACCCUAAAAAGACAUCAACGCAUUCACACUGGAGAGAAGCCGUACAGCUGUGAUCAAUGUGGGGAAACCUUUUCUCAGCGUGGUAGCCUAGAAAGCCACCAGCGUGUUCACACUGGAGAGAAGCCGUACUGGUGUGAACAAUGUGGGGAAACAUUUUCUGAGAGUGGUAACCUUAAAAGACACGAGCGCAUUCACACUGGAGAAAAACCUUACAGCUGUGAUUUAUGUGGUAAAACCUUUUCUCGGAGUAGUAGCCUAGAAAGCCACCGACGUGUUCACACUGGAGAGAAGCCGUACUGGUGUGAAAAAUGUGGGAAAUCUUUUUCUCACAGUAGUAGCCUUAAAAACCACCAGCUCAUUCACACUGCCUCAUUGUGAACAUGUUUCAGAGCCAAGCUGUUUCCUCCUGCCUCCUCCUCAUGCCCUGAUAGCUGUGUUGUUAUAUUCUGAUCUUCUCUCCACAUUGAAGGCUGACCAGCAGUAACUUUAUGAACAGCAUGGAUGUUAUCCUGACUACAACUACAUAUUACGCUCCCUCCCUUUGAAGGGAUUAAUUUCACUCAAAAUUAGCUUUUAUUCCUGUAAUAAAAUAUUUUGAGUUCAGGGUUCAACUGCUAGCGCUAUUUAACUAAUGCUGCAACGAAGGAGUAUUAGUUCUUAAUUAAAAAAA